AUGGAACACACUGAUUCGCAGCCAGGAAACUUCUCCGGAAGGAAGGUUAGCAUAAAUAUAAAUUAUAUAGUGUAAACUUAACAGAAUUCAGGUUCCUAGCACGAUUGAAGCCAUCAUCGAGAAGACCGUAGAACCUACAAGCGUGGACCUUCCUGAAAAUUGGAAAUCCCUUUCUUUUCCUUUUGAUCAAAACGGUUGGUUUUCUUGAAAAAUUAAUCCUAUUAUUCUUUUUUGUUCUUGUAAUCUCUGGAAAUUUACAGAUCUUGACGAUGGUUUUUGUUCGUCAUACGGCGAGGACCCGACUUUCCAGUCCGAGUUCAGAAACAACUCGCCUUGCGAACUCGCUAUCAACUGCAGGAAACGUGCUUCUGACUUGGACCUUGCAGGUUAGAUGAGUACCUCAUUCCAAUUAUAUUCUAAAUUGUAAUUUUCGCCUAUAUAGGUUCAUCGCCUCGGGAGCAAGAAUUCUCGGCAGUCAUAGGCCAGGCUCUGGCUAGUGGAUUGACAGACGAUCACACUGACUGGAUCCCAGGUUUGGUUCAAUAUUUCGAAAAGACUUCACAUACUUCUUUUUCAAAAAAAACAUACUUAUUAAAAAAUCAGAUAUUAAACAAAAUAACCUUCAUAUUUGAAAUCAUAUCCAGCUACCUAAUCUUUCUUCGACCUCCAAAUGUACGAUUUCUUUUGAAUGAAAUAAAAAUUGAACGAAAAAACUUAACAAUGAAAUCGUCAUCAUAAAGUUUUAGAAAUGAGUAUCGGUGGUUCUCUUUUCGAACCUCAGCAAGAUUCCAAGAGAAGCAAAAGUCAGGAGGCUUUCUCCUAUAGACCACCUCCUUUUGGUAUGUCAUUUUAUACAGUUUCAAGGGGCAUACAGUUUUAUUUUCAGAUCAUGACGCUCUCGGACAGCCACUUUCCUACAUUCAAACAGGUAAGAGAUUGAUUUUACACACCAGAGCUUUAAUGAAUUGUGUCAUAAUGAAUUUAUCAACAAGUUUUAUUCAAUAACGAUCAAACUACCGAAAUUACUUUCAGUUGAGCGUCCGAGCGCUCCUCUUGAGUCCGUCGUCAUUUUCGAUGACGAGGACAAGGUCUUCAUCCAUCCUUUGUACUCUGAUUCAGCUCCAACUGGUCAGUGCAUCGAGAUUUUGAUAAUUUCCAAUUAGCAUUUAAUCCAAUGAUGACGAACUAAUGUAUUUAGACUUGCCACUGUUCAAUGUGCAACUUUUUGACGGCUUCGCAAUGGAUUUCUUAGACGAUUUACAUCCUGUCACGAUUCGGCCCAUCACAGCUAACGAUUUCGAGCAAUGCAUAAAGCCAGUUCAACACGAUUUUCGUAUCUGUUAUUUUCUUUUUUCAGGCUAUACCAAAGUCUUGAAAUAGGAUUUGGGGCGCAAAUAAGGCCAGACGUCAGGAAAAUGACCAGAGAUAUAACAAUCGAAGACUUUGCAUCGUCGGCUCCCUUGACAAUUGUGGCCCAAGUAGCAGAGUAAAUCUUGACAUAUUACAAAAUCGAACGGUUUAUUGUAAUUUUCAGCUCAAAGUGUGACUACAUUUGCGGAUUUGCUUGUGGUCGAGUCGUUGAAAACCUUGACGGAAAGUCUCUUUUCCAUCUCAGAGCUCUGGUCGUUUCCAAGUCGUAUCGCCGCAAGCAUAUUGCGACCAAACUCCUCUCCGUAUUUUCUCAGUUGGCCUACCGAUUCGUGAGCUUUUUUUGAAUGAGAAAAUUUAUAGUCUGUUCAGGUUUUAAAUGUCAAGCAGCUAACUUUUUGCGUCGAUUUUUUUGUUCUAAAAGAUACAAAAAGAAGCCAAAAAAAAAGGAGCCACAACAAAGGUUCAUCAUCUGCGGAGAAAAAUUGACUCGAAAGAUAUUGUAGCAUUGGGGCGGAGUAAGCUGCUCGACAUUCCAAAUCUGAACAGAUUGUUUUUUUAAGUAAAGAACACGAAACUCAAUUAAUUUCUCUUGACCCUCGAUUAAAAAAGUUAAAUCCAGUUAGGAAAAUUUUCAUUAUUACUGGCGGAUAUGUUACUUUCCCAAUUGAACUUACAAGUUGAAUUUGGUUUGUUGAAAGGUUUUCAACUUGAAAACGCGUAAAAAAAAGAGGAGAGUAUGGUCGAUUUAUCCUGACGUUAAAAGCGCAAUAGGUAGAUUGGCAAGGAGGAGGCGUUGCGUACGCGACGCGGCCUUCUGAAGGGAAACUUGAGGUCCAGCGUCAUCAUUAAACAUGCAGAAAAACAUGAGUUUUUUAUUGUUUCUGUACUUCUAUUCGUUCAAUAUUUUCAAAACUAAAAGAAGAGGAAUUAUCGAAAAACUGUCAAGAAAAAGGUGAAGCGUGUUUGACCUAGUUAUCUCCGCCAAAAGACGCGUCGCAUACGCAACGCUUCACGCUUGCCAAUGUACCCAUCGCGCUUCGCAAGUCGUAAAAAGUCUACCAUGUCACAAUUUAUUCAAUGUUUUUUCUGAACACUUGAAAAUAACUAAUUUCAGAACUGCGACAGUAUUGCCUACGGACACCUUCCACAGCACAACGAACCACUGAGACGGAUGUUGACCUAUCUGCAUUUCCGGAUGAAGUCGUACCCGGUCUCCAAUGAUAUUCAGGGGACUCCUUACGUGCGCCAGAUCACUACGAGGCCUCCAAACGCAUCCUGCAAGAAUCCGUUGUCGGAAAAUGAUCAGAGGGCCGCGUUUAUUGUUUCUCACCCACCACGCAAGAACAUUGUCUACCAGAACACUUUGGAUCAGAUUCUUGUCGAAGGACUCGCUAUUCCUCGUCAAGCUCCCCAUUUCAUCCCCUCUCAGUAAUCGUUCAUUUCGAUUGACUUUGAUCAAAUAAGUGUAAUUUUUUAUAAUACUUUUUAUUGAUUUUUGCACUUCGACUGUAAUACUGUUCCGUCGAUCAAAUAGUUCAUAAAAGAAAUUAUUGUACAUUAAACAUCUAGAGAUUGAAUUUUUCUCAUUGCUUUUGUGAGUUUUUUGACUUCAUCUUCCAAAACUUUUGUUCAUAAAAAUCACUCCGUAAAAAAAGGAAAUUUUUCAAGUUUUUUGAUAAGAGCUUUACUACAUUUAUGCACUUUUUUAUGAGAGGGAUUUCUGUCUUUUUUUCCGAAAUAAGUCUUAGCCUAAUUUCCGCUCUUCUGAUCUUUUUGAUUUGUAACACACUUUCUCUGUUUUGAGAAAAAUUUCUCUCUGCUUUCGUCAAUAUUACAUUUUAACAGAUCGAAUGCCCUUAAUCCGGUUUGUCCGGUGAUUUUGAAAAAUUUUAAAUAAAUAAUUUCGCAACUUCAAGGUGACAAUAAGAAAAAUCAAAAGGAGAGAUCCAUCUAUAACAAAAAUUAAACCAAGUUCCAUCUCGAAAAAAACAUCAGAAGACGCGCUUUUUCGCGGUUACUUGAUAUUUGAAGAGCUUCGAAUUCCCUGGAGAGGUUUUUAAACUGCAAGCGAAGCAAAAACCUUGCCUUUCACGGCGUAUUUGUAUUUAGCUCUUUACGUAUUUUUUUAUUUUUGAUAACGAAAUUAUAUUCUUCAUGGACAUGCAAUCUACUAAAUUUACUGACCUGAACAAGGGAGUCAAAUCCCAGGACUUCAUGGAAAAUAUGGCAAAAACUUUUUUUGCCCGAUUUUUCUGUUUUUUUAGAGUGCAGACGUGACCUUUCACUAACUUAAGGACUUUUCAAAUAGAGAUCUUCUGAAUUUUACUUUUUAUAUAAAGGGGAAAUUUUUGAGCAAAAAAACUAAGUCAUUAUUUAUUUACCAGUUUGAUAAUUUGCCCAUUUUAUUUGCGGUUGAGAGUUUUCUGAAGUAUGGCCACAAGACUCCGUAUUUUACCAAAAAAUUCUGAGAGUCGCAACCCGAAAAAUUGCUUUGUUUUUGAAAAGUGAGGACUCAAAACCCGAAAGUAGCUUUUUUUGCAACGAAUUUUCUUUAAUUUUGAAGAUUUAAGGAAUUAAUUUUUUUGUAAACAAAAAAUGGUGCAAGUUGAAACUUACAUGAUCUUUAUCUGGUGCUUCAAAGAUUGUUCUGGCCAUUUUUUUCCAAUUUUUCUGAAAAAAAUUGAAAAACCGGAAAUUGAAAAAUCUUCCUUGUAAUAAAUUUUUCACAAACUUUUUUGAGAGCCCUUCCCGGAAAUUAAUUUUGUAACAGUUUUACCAUUCACAAAAAAGUUAUUUUUGAAAAGGAGAAAGUGAGAAAACAGGAAGAAAGUUUAUUAAAAUGCUUAUGUUUACGAAGCUCUGAUAGAUUAUCCAAAAACAUAAUUUUUCUCUGAAAAUGCCUAACGCUUCCGUUUUUUCAACUUUUUCUGAUUUUCAUGAACUGAAAAAGAAAAGUUAGAGCUUAAAACUGAGCUUAUAAAAAAAUUUGUAAAACUUUAUACGUUUUAUCUCUAACAACAGAAAUUUAAUGAGAAGGUAAGUGCGCUCCAUCGGAGAACAAUCGAGCUAGGACGUUGUAAACUACUAUAUGCAAACACUUUUUUUUUUAAUUUGUUGAUUUAUUGUUUUUCUUUUUUUAAUGCUAUGAUUACCUUUUAUUUUGAUUAAUUUCAUCAUUAGUUUUCAGGACGUGAUUAUGUGAAGAUUUGUGCCAUGGUGAAUACCAACAACAAACCGGGUACUCUGACCCGUCGAAUGAAGUUUCAAAUGAAUCUCUAAGCAAAUUAAAACUUUCUAGAUAUCCUAGGAUUGUUGCUGAACAAGUAAGAAAGCACAUCAUCAGCGAUGGCUUUCUUCAGAACACAAUUUGGGUCGCUGAUGGAAAAGUUAUCGACUUCGAAUCCGUUCAGGUUCGCUCUAUUUUAUUUCCUCUUUUCUAUUUGAAUAUCCUCAGAUGAAAUUAACUCCUCCAGUGGCCCCGUGUGACGUUGAAACUUUAUUGAGCCAAAGAAAAUCAAGCGUGAUUUAUUCCAUAUCAGCGAAAAGAAGCUCAAAGGGGUGAUAAAAAACUGUUAACUAUGGUAUAAAAAAAAUUUCCAGAAUUUAUGAGUUUCCAUCGGACGACUUGGAAAUCACAAGACUGAUGAAAGAAAGGGCUGAAAACUUGAACUACGACUCUUAUGAACGGUUUGAAUAAGCUUUUUUGGCGUUACAAUUCAUCCUUUUCAGAGCUCCGAGCUACUUGAGAGACAUCUGCAACUUUUUCCAAGAUGACUAUGUUUUCAUCAUCCGAAAGUAGAAAUCACUUCGGUUACGAAUAAAGUAGUGAAAUUUUAGGUAUCGUAUUUUCAGUGCAGAUGAAGUUGAGAGCCGUUGGGAUGCUGAAAAGUUCUCCGUUUUCCAAACAAUAAGAAGGCAAAAUUUUGCGAAUUCACCAGCAAAUGAAGGGAAAACUCGGGCAGGAAGCAUGUAUUUGGAGGUCGGUGUUUUUUAAAGUUUUUGCAAACCGCUGUCCAAAAUCUCUCCAAAAAACAUUGCCUGGGAUUCACAGCCUAAAAUUUUGUAAUCGAGAAAAGAUCUUCAGACGUUUUUUGCGACAAAUGCGAAAAAUUGCGAACAAAGAAAUCUUUUGAUGAUGUUUUCUUGAGGACAUGCAGAUCUUAAAAAGUUGAACAUGACCUUUAUUAUGUUUUUUUGAAAUUAUUUUUAAAGCAAGGUUUAGGAAAAAAAGCAACGGGUCACAAUCUACUGAACGUUCUUUGGGUUGGGAAACGCGCAAUAGCAGUAAAGUUAUUUUUCAUUUUUGUGUUCAAAACUUUGUUUUUAGUUCGAAUUUUGAAGAACAUUUCCUGUGAGGAGAAAGGCUCUUUUUUCAACGAACUGACAGCUCAAAACCGACUUUCUCAUCUACUCAACAUCAAUAGUAUUGGAAAGGAGGUAGUCUUGAUGAAUCAGAGACAGAAAUAGUUGCAUUAUUCCAGUCUUCGAAAGUUGUGAAGAGAAUUGUCCCUCCUCCGCCGGACCAUUUCAUCAAGCCAAAGCUUAUUGUCAAAAUCUUGAAGGUGACUUUAUCCAUCCCGUUCAAAAAUUCAUGAAACGUUCCAGGCAAAUAUCGAGCCGUCAGUGGAGCCUUUGUUUGGAUGGAUGGCCGUUUAUGACAUUGCUCGCCACAAUAAAGUCACCGAAAACUUUUACUUUUGUGUUUCUGACGACGAAAAGCUGAGUCUUCUGGGUGCAAAUCGGCCAAACUCGUUGAAUAAGUCGGUUGAAAUAACUUCUCCGUGUUUAUAUAUUCACUUUCAGAUGUCUCCGAGCAGCUUUCAACGUCUCAGCCUGCCCUUCUAAUCUCUAUUUGGUGAUUUGUGUAAGCUGAAAUUUUAUCAAGAAAGUUAUUUUUGAAAUGUGGUUCAGAUCGAAAAAGUCCUCGAGCCAUGCGAACCUGCGGAAGCUUGUGAUCGGUACACAGGCAGAAAGGAUGAUAAGAAUCUAGACAAACUCAGCAUCCAAGCCGCAACCUAUUGUCGGAGAUUGGGUAGAAUCUGUUGAAACUAACCCCUUGUUAAUGUUGGAGGUUGCAGGAGCCUAUCGUAUGCCUUUGGGGAUUCAAUUCGUCGAUUUGCAAAGGCUCGCUUCUGGAAACGUACAUCUUCUGAAGCCGGAUCCGAUGUCGAUGUCGUCUUGCACCUUGGCUUCUGGAGCGACAAUCGUAGGUGAGCAACGUUUGUUUUGAGAAUAAUUUCCGUUGAGGUCAAAAAUAGAUUUCCCCUCCCUUUUCGAAAGCUGGAAGCGAUUAUAGCUUCGAAAGUAAUUCGUCAAUCAUUUUCAUUCAUUCAGUGUGGAUAACAGUCAUUCCAAUUAUUUGAUAUAGUCCAAGUUUCUUCAGCCGGAAAUGACAAUACCGAUGACCGUGGAAGCAUCGCCAGUGCUGAUAGAGUCACUCUAAGUUCUGUCGCCUCGACACUCCGGAGAUUCGGAAGUGGAACCUCAGCCAGCGCCAUGAUCAAAAACAGAACUCCAACCUUGAAAAGAAAGCAACAACCUCUCCAACCAUGUCAGUUUUUUUAAAUUAUAAUGUAAAAUGAUCUACUGCUUGAAGGCGUCGAAGAAGACGAGGACCCGAUCGAAUCCGUCGACGAACUGCCCGUAUACGUCAUGACUUUCCAGCAGUUCUUCAAGCAGGCAUCCAUCUCUUUCCAGCUUUUUUUUUAAAUAGAAAAUUAAGGAAUCCAACAGAAUUUCUGAAAAUGAAAUCAUCAGGAUGUGCCAUGAACAUCGAAAUCACAAUGGCAGAAUGAGCAAGAAAUCGUUCUUUUUCGAUCUUGAUCUUCAAAUUGGAGGUUCAUCAUUUACCUGCGAUUAUUUCCUUCAUGAAUGUUUCAGGCCGUAAUAAAAUUGUGUGUUCUGAUUUGGAAGAAGCCACUCCAGAUUUGGACAAAGACGCCGACACUCAAGAGUGCAUGGAAAUAGAUGAAAGCUGCCAGUCUGGCUUCACGUCUUAUACCACACAUACGUAAUUCUCACAUUCUAUAGUAUUUAUACUAAAAUUUCGAUUUCAGCAAUUUCUUAUACAUCUAUCCUAAAAGUGUGAACUGGCCUAACCGACCUGGCAGCUCUCGCAAUAUUUCCGUCAAGGUCUUAGUUUCACAAAAAUUGUGAACAGAGAAUUUUUCAUUCAGAUCGAGUUGCAAGAUCCAAACGGAAGAGCUUUGCCUGUUUUUUUCUCCAGAGGCGCUUCUUCCAGUGGUCCGUUCGAAUCAUCCGUGAGAACUUCUGUUCAUUACCAUCACAGGUCUAUUUUAUAAAGUUUCCAGUUUUUAACAAUAUUUGGCUCUGAAGGAACCCCAACUACAAUGAUGAAUACAAAGUGGCGAUUCCUCUCGAUUUGAACAAAAACCAUCAUUUGUUUUUCACGUUCUAUCACAUUGCUUGCAAAGGAACGGACAACGCUACAGUGGAAAACAUCAUCGGAUACACCGUGGGUCGAGAAUUCCAUUUCUUUUUUAUUUCAAAACUAUCCAGUGGCUCCCGUUGUUCAAUGAGGCUAAAAGUUGGAUAGAGUCGGGAAGAUUUGAGCUCCCGGUCUCGAUUGAGAAACCGAUGAAGUUGGAUUCCGACAAUGGCUACACGAAUUUAAAAUGGAUCGAUGGUCGGAAACCAAUUUUUGACAUCCAGCUCAACGUGAUCUCUAGCGUUUAUCCUCAGGUACACAUUUUUUUUUCUGUUUGUCUUAUGAAAAAAUUCAGGACAUGAAGCUAUCUCAUUUUUUCACUGCCGUUUCGAGUUUGAAUUCUACGGAUGCAAACGAGAAGCCGGCCAGCGAGCAAGAGCUAAUCGAAGCUCUCAAUGUAAUGCUCAAUUUGUAUGACUUCACAUUAAAUUAUUUCAGAACCUUCCAAAAGUCGCGCCUUCGAGGAUAAGUGCCUUCCUUCACUAUAUUCUGGGUAGAAUCGUCUCCCUCAUAGCUAAUCCGCCCUACACCGGUUUUCUUCAAACUUGUCAACAAUUCAACUAUUUUUUGGUUACAGAAGCCCUAUCCGCUGCUUGUUUUGACUGCCUCACUAUUCUGGUGAAACUGGCUUCUCGGGUCUUACAGGGCGAUGUCGACAACCUCGAUAGAAGUUUGGCUCUUCUCUCUUUCAUCACUCAUCUGAAAAUCGCUUCCAUUGGUGAGCUUCCAUCUUCAGCCUUGAAGUCAGUCAUAAUAAAUUCCAGAAAUGAGGCCUUACUCAAAUAAAAGAGCCACAGAAAGACCUCAAAUCGCUCAAGCUGAAAAGACAGCUCUGGAACAAAUGAUUGGUAGUCCCAUUUAAAAUGCCGAAUGCUAUGAAAUUCAUUGCAGAAAACGAAGAAAAAACAAGAUACGUGUCACCAACUGCUCCAAUGCUAAAUUUGAGGAUUCAUGACCAGUUUGUUGCAAUUUGGCUCAAAGCUUCUCCCAGUGCCAAAGAAAACGCCUUCUCUCAUUGCUGGUUUUAUUUGGAAUUAUUGGUACGACUCUUUUACCAUUUCUAAUAUCAUUUAUUAGUUUUCAGGUCAAAUGUUCGAGUGAGUACAUCAACAUGACGGGUGGAAUGUACGGUUCUCGCAAGACCCGCUUUCCAAAAACUUACAUGGAAAAUGUUCAAAAUGUCAUUGAAUUGGCUUCUUUUGAAAUUGUUGGCCGUUUUCUCAGGAACAAAAUUGAUGACGCCUCAAGUAUCUCAAAGUCCAUCGCUUUCUUCAUAAGGUGUUGAAAUAUAGACAAAGUUCAUUUUGAAUCAAACCAACUCAGGGACAUGUUCACUUUGAUGGAUAGAACCUUCGUGAUGCAAGUUUUGCACAAGCACGUGAAGUUUAUGACAGAAACCAUACGGUAAAAAUAUUUAUUGAUUUCUCAAAGUUGGCUGUCUAUAGAUCUUGGACGGGCGUGAAAGCCAGGAAAUUGAUGGAGCUGAAAAUGGAGUUUUUGGUUAUCGUUUGUUCACAUGAACACUAUCUCACUCUGAACAUUCCCGUCGAGCCCAUCAUUUCAAGAUCGAUGUCUCAAACUUCUGUGGCUGCGCCGCUACCUUCGUCUCUGAGCCCUGCAAAAAGCUCUUCGUUAGUUUAUUUUUAUGCGACUGGAAUAGAAAGAGAGUUUUACAGAGACUUAGAUGAUUCUUGGAGAUUGGGAUCAACCAACAGAUCGCAGCAUUUCAUUGUCGGUUUAUUACUGACGGAUUUGCACGACUGCCUGGCAAACGUGAACAUGGGCCUCAGUGGAAAGUAAGAUUUCAAAAAUUGUUUAGGUUGCUAUGGCGCGGGCGCCAUGAAGCAAAUUUGCAUCAUUCAAAAAUUUAGCCUUUAACAGUUUUAUAUUGUAAAGAUUCUUGAACUGUUUGAAAAAUAGUAACUUUGAAAAGAAAUUACAUAUUGACCGCAACGAUUCAGCGCUGAAAUAAAUUGAAGCAAGAAGUUCAUUUUCUCAAUCAUAUUCCAUUUCUCAGAGCGAUUGAAAACAUCAACACGAUGAUAAGAACCCACGAAUUGGAUUCUCGAGUUCGGGACUCUGGAUCGGUUUCUAACAUUGCAUCGAUGUACAAACCGCUCGUGCGAAUCGUUGUCGACUACAGAAAAACAUUUUACACUAAGCCAUCCCGUUGUUCAGACGAAGGGUACGUUAAAUGUUCUAAAAUUAGAUAACACAAGUUUUUAAAACUCUUAAAUACUCAGUUUAGACAAGAUUUCAUAUGGUACAGUUCCGUCGGAAAAGAUGCGAAAAAAAAGGUUUUUUGAUCCUAAUUUUCUUGUAUGGGGUACAAUUUCUCUAGAAAUUACUGAGGUUGUGAUGACUGUUAUUUGUAACACUUUGGUGGAACUCCUGUUCUCAGAAUGAGAAGAGCGCAGCUUCGAAAGUUUUAUGAAGAAUGAGCUCUAUAUAGAAAAGAAAUUUGUUUCGUUUCUUUUCUGACGGUACUGUGUAACAUAAAUCUUUGAUCAAAAAAGCUAAUAUUUGUGAUAAGUCCUGUAUUGAACUUUUACAGCCUAAAAGAAGUUGCCAACGACUACACUUCUAAAAACUCAACUCCUUCAAAAACCAUGAGUACUCCUACUUCCUUAGGCGUUGUCCAAACAAGAACGGUUGAUAAAAUUUUAGCUUUUCUGUAUAUGAUCCAAUUUCAGUUAAUCUGCUGCAUGUUCUGGGUUCUGAGAAACAUCAAGAAAGCCGAGCUUUGUCAGUGGAUUUCCUCUUUGGACAGUGAACAAGUCGGCCAUUUGUUGCACGUUAUGCGCUACUCCAUCAACAUUUUCGAACAUGUGGAAGUAAAAAAUAUUGAGAAGGUUUUUUUUAACUUUUUUUUUUCCCCGUUUUUAUUAUUCAUUCUCAGAAACCGGGACCAAAACCGAGAAAUGAGAGGAAGCUGACCAGUGAGAGUCAGGCUUCAGAUGAUUUAGCGGACAAUAAUCUGGACGACGUUGAAAUGGAAUCUGUCCGAUGGAGAAGUUCCACAAGAACUCCUCGAAACCGGGAUUCCACUAGUGACAGCUGUUUUGGAGUCUAUCUGUCUGUUUCUGAAGUCGCCGUCGCCAGCGAAAUCGGCCUUUGUGUAUCGGAAAUCAUCGACACGAUUUUGUUGGUUGCUUCCAAACCCGAAAGUUCUCUGUUUGGAGUUUUGCCGAUUGCCUUUGCUGUCUUGGUAGGCAACUAUUUAGUAAUUUGUUGAAUGUCGAGUUCAGGUACAAGGACUGUCGUGUAAUCUUCCAGAACAAGUAUUAGAAGCAUUUUUGGCUCUCCAGAUGAAAUUUGUGGAACAGAUGAGCAAGUUGAUUCUGGAGCAGGUGACAGAAAUGUAAAGUUUUUUCGAAUAGUAUUUUUUCAGCAACCUGAACUCUGUGAUCAACUUUGUCGACAGCUUCUGCGUCUUUGCUCUUCAACAGAUCUUCAUAAUAUUUGCGUUUUGGUUGCUUUAUAUUCCUUUAAAGAUGAUAAUUAAGUUUAAUCAGGCCUCUCUGAAUUUGUACCAGCUGCUGCGCGAAAACUUCAGACUGGCAAAAGAAUUACGCCAAGCAAAGGUUUUCACCUCGACCGCCAUGGCUGCGUUGUUUUCUGGAAGCGAUGGAGAGCUUAUGAAAGACGAAAACUUGCGCAAAAGUGUCAAAGUAUUGUAAAACUUUCUUAAUUGAGAAUAAUGACAAAUGCAGUUCAUCAACGACCUUGCCUCUGAAGACGACUCAAUCGAACCUGAUUUGAAGCCAGCGUUUCUUACCCAGGUAUAAAAGUAAUACAAAACAAGGACAAAAAGUAGCGUGAAAACUGAGAAGCUAUAUGUAAUCGAAUUAUUUAUUUGUCAACAGUUAAAAAAAUUUCGAGCUCGAGAAAAAAAGUUAUAACUGAUAUUUAUAUAUAUAUAACAUACGUUUAAUUAAAAUCUUGGUAGUUCAAUAUUUAUUUAGGAUUUUUGAGAAUAUUGAAAUCUGUCCAAUAAACUGAUCGAAUUUUUCAACUUGACUUUUUAAAAAGCUUCAGAAGUUUAUGUUUUUCUUUUAAGUUUUUUUCUUUGAAAAAUUUAUAAAAAAACUUUUAAAAAUUGUGAAAAGUACUGUGACGACUAGAACAGUUUUUUUCAAGUUGAUCUAUUUAAAAUUUUUUGAAAAAAAUUCCAAUAAAUCUCUUCUUCUGUGAUCACGAAGUCCUUCAGGUUGAUGACGUCACCUCAAACUUGCAAACGAUUUUGCAAAGCACGAUUGGCUUGCGAGAACACGCCAACGACUACGAAAUGACAAUUGAUCUCAUGUGUCAGCUGGUCGAUGGAUAUGCCAACAAUCCAGAUUUGAGGUCUCAAAAUCUAAAAGAAUUCCGGAGUGUGUUUCAUUUUGUCUAGAAUAACCUGGCUUUUGAAUAUGGCCGAGCGGCAUGAGCAACAGAAACGGCUGUGUGAGGCGGCGCUGUGUUGUCUGCGUGCUUGUGCUUUGUCGGCGGAAUACCUUGGUAAAUUUUCGAAUCAACCGAAGUUAUCAGUUUCUUUUGAUUUGAAGAUACUCGUCAGCUCAGUGUGCCGCAUUAUCCAAUUAAUGCCGCAACUUUCUCGAAAAUUUCGGAACACGUGCUCAAAGAGUCCAGAAUCAAUGAGAACAAGUUUUAGUAUUAAUUUACUUAGAUUUUGAUUAAAAUUUAAUUAGCAACGACGUCACGGUUGGUUCACUCCAUUUUUCGGAAGCUGGUCUUAUCAAGCUCAUGGAGAAAACGUUCACUCUUCUGGAGAAAGCAAACGUCUUCGAGUUGCUCUUCCCAUUGUCAGAGGUCUAGCCAAUACUUUUUCAUGUUUGAAAGACGAUCUGAUUUUCAGAUCCUUGCAAAAUUCUACCACGUCAAAAACUCCUAUUCGAGAAUCGCUUCGAUCCACAGAAGACUGACUUCUGCUGCCGAAAAUAUUGCAGAUUCUACUCAGUUUUUUGAGAAUCAGAGCGAUGCUUGGGUUUCUCCUGUGUCACGGUUGAUAUUUUUGGCUACUAAGAGUUAAGUUUGAAUUUCAGAGCUGAUCGACGAUGUUUCGGAACGUUUUUCCGCGUUGCCUUCUAUGGACAUCUCUUUGGGGAUCUCAACGAACAAGAGUUCAUAUACAAGGUUUCUCAUUUUGAGCUGUAUUUCUAAAAAGAAAAAACUGAAGAUUCAACAAGUACCCUCAAAUUACAGUUCAUUCUUUUAGGAAUCUGAAUUCACUAAACUCAACGAAAUCAGCACAAGAAUCAAGGAUCUUUACAGAAAUAAACUCGGACCAGACGUUGUCGAAAUUGUCAAAGAUUCCAACCCAGUACCUCUUCGAUUUCAAAACAUAAAAGAUUUUGAACUUUAGCGAAAAUCGAAAGACUUGGACCCUAACAAGGCCUACAUUCAAAUAACGUUUGCUGAGGUGUAUCUCUCCGACGAUGAGAAAAUGGAGCGUCCAACCUAUUUUCAAAGAAGAAACCGAGUUAAUCGGUUUGAACAUUUUUUUUUCGUGAAUAGAAUAAAUAUUUAAUUUAUUUCAGAUUUAUGUAUGAAACACCGUACAAUUUGGAUGGUAACCCACGAGGAGAACUGAAAUCACAGUUUAAACGGAAAACUAUUAUGACUGUCGAGGAAUUGUAAGUUCCCCAUUGAUUCGAAGUCGAACCAACCUGUUUUCAGCUUCCCAAACAUCAAAACAAGGAUCAGAAUCAAUGACAAGCACAUUAUCAACUGUACUCCUAUUGAAGUGGCCAUCGAAGACAUUGAGAAAAAAACGAAGUAAGUCUUUAUUUUUGAAAAAUGGGUCAACGAUCGAAUUCAAUUUCAGGGAGCUUGCGGAAGUGAUCGAGUUCCGUAAUUUCAAGAUGCUUUCGAUGGUUUUGCAGGGUUCCGUGAAUCCAACAGUUCAUCAAGGACCUCUGGGGGUACACAUCUCAGUUUGAAUGAUUUCAAAAAUUGUUUCAGAUAGCUGAGGCCUUUUUGGAAAACGUCGUGACGGAUGAACAUGGAAGGCCGAUGGACAGACUGCAGAAUAGACUGAGACUGGCCUUCCGGCAUUUGCAGCACAGAGUUCAAGAAGCUGUGCAACUUUCCGGCGAGAUGGCCACUUUGGAACAAAAGGAGUAUCAAGUAAGGAAGGGAGUAAAAUCGAAACACUGUUUAAUUCGUUAAAUCAAAAUGCCUCUGCUGAGGCCAAACAAUUUUUUCUCAUUUUUGUUAGCAACAGCCCUCAAAAGUUGUGAAAAAAAGUCACAAAGUUCAGAAAACUUUUCUGAGGAGAGUCUCAAGUAAGAAAUGAAAAAAAAAACUUCUUGUUAGAAAAAGGAAAAAAAUUGGUAAAGAGGGAAACCCAUUGAAAAAAUCCAAUUUUUAUCAUUCUAGCCUUCUGAACUUUUGAAACAGGCAAACGUCGAGAAAGGCUACAAACUGUUUGUCGAGAACAUGAAGCCGUACUUGUCCCGAGACAAAACCGAAGUCACAUUUUCCGAGUUUGGCCAAGCCACUGUUGUUUGA